CAAGUCCCACCCCGAGCGCCCGCGAAUUCCAUCCCGUUUGUCCGGUCCGUCCGUCCUAGGCAGCGACCGCGGUUUGACCCCGGGGGCCGGAGCCCAGAAUCCACGCCUGGAAUCGCGAGGAUUUGGUUUGGUUUGGGGGCUCGAUUUUCUCCGCCCGUUUUAGCCGACGCUGACCGAGACAACACCGGCCCUCCCCACACAAAACCGGCUGCCCGCGCCGCGAUCGCCACACCGGCGCCCAAAACCCACCGCCCCCGUCCCCGCAACCGAUUUUGAACCGCCCACCCAACCCAAACCUUCCUCCCCUCCCCUUUGCAAGGGUGGGGAAAAAGAGCCCAGCAAACCGCCGCGGGGAAGGAAGGAAACCGCAGCGGCGGGCGCGGCGAUCCGUCGGGCUCCGGCGGCGAUGGAGCGGUGCCAUCCGUCCGAGGUGUACGAGCUCUUCGUCCGCCACAUGAACACCCCGAGGGUGGUGGUGGACAACGGGGUGUGCGAGACGGCGACGCUGGUGCAGGUGCACAGCGCGCGGAAGCACGGCGUGCUGCUGGAGGCCGUCGCCGCGCUGUCGGACCACGGCGUCUGCGUCCGGAAGGGGUACAUCUCCUCCGACGACGGCCGCUGGUUCAUGGACGUCUUCCACGUCACCGACGCCGCGGGCUGCAAGGUCGCCGACGCCGACAAGCUGCUCGUCCGCCUCGAGUCCUCGCUCGCCGCCGCGCCGGCCGCGGCCGACGCAUUGCCGCGCCCGGCGGGGUGCGACCCGCCCGCCAAGGAGGCGCUCUGCCUGCUCGAGCUCAUCGGCGUCGACCGCCCGGGGCUCCUCUCGGAGGUGUUCGCGGUGCUGCACGACCUGCGCUGCAGCACCGUGGACGCCAAGGCCUGGACGCACGGCGGCCGCGUCGCCGCCCUGGUGUUCGUCCGCGACGAGGACACCGGCGCGCCCAUCCACGACACGGCCCGGAUCAGGCGCAUCGAGUCCCGGCUCAGGCACGUGCUCCGCGGCGGCGCGCGCGGCGCGAGGACGGUCCUGCUCGACGCGGCGGCGGUCGGCAACCUGGACCGGAGGCUCCACCAGCUGCUGAGCGAGGACAGGGAGGCCGACCGCCGCGCCCCGGCGGAGGGGCCGGCGACGACGGCGACGGCGGUGGCGGUGCAGGAGUGGGGGGAGAGGGGGUACUCGGUGGUGACCGUGAGCUGCCGCGACCGGCCGAAGCUGCUGUUCGACGUCGUCUGCACCUUGACGGACCUGGACUACGUGGUCUACCACGGCACCUUCGACACCGACGGCGAUCACGCGCAGCAGGAGUUCUACAUCCGGCGGCUGGACGGGCGGGCGAUCAGCUCGGAGGGCGAGAGGCAGCGGGUGAUCCAGCGCCUGCAAGCGGCGAUCGAGCGGCGCGCGUCCGAGGGCGUGAGGCUGGAGCUGCGCAUCUCCGACCGCCGCGGGCUGCUGGCCUACGUGACGCGCGUGUUCCGGGAGAACAGCCUCUCGGUCACGCACGCCGAGAUCACCACCCGGGGCGACAUGGCCGUGAACGUCUUCCACGUCACCGACGUGGCCGGCCGCCCCGCCGACCCCAAGACCAUCGACGAGGUCAUCCACGGCGUCGGCACCGAGAGCCUCCGGGUGGACGAGGAGCGGUGGCCCCGCCUCUGCUCCACGGAGGGCGACGCCGGCGGCGGCGCGGGCGCCGGCCUGUUCUCGCUCGGCAGCCUGGUGAAGAAGAACCUCUACAACCUCGGCCUCAUCAGAUCCUGCUCCUGAAGGGCCGGAGGAGGAGGACGCGUGUCGGACGGGAUGGGACGGGAUGGGACGGGAUGCUUGUGUGAAUACGGGACGGUACAGGGGCUAGUUUGUAAAUUAAGUAGGCCUUCUUUUUCUUUUCUAGGCCUGGAGGUUACGUGUACAUAGCAGACACGAGGAGGUUGCUGGUGGGUCGUGUGUGUACGUAUGUUCCGUUUACGUGCAAGUAGACGAAUCGACCGAUGUAAAUAGGGUUGUACAUAUAUACUAGUAUGAUGAUAUACUAGUGCUUUAGUAGAUUCUUGUACCGGCUGUUUUAGACGUGCACAAAUCAAGCAAAUUAGGCUGCCGAUA